AUGUUGCGAGAAUUAAUUGGACUAGUGUUCUUGGUAACAUUUGAAUAUUGCACAGCGGAUCAAUACCAAUGUACACAUAAGCCCGUUUUCACAACAACUUGGAAUCCAAAUUACAAAAUUAGACUAUGGAAAUCAGUAGAAGAACGUCGUCGCCGAAGCGUUGAAGACCUGGAGGAAGACAAGCAUGACAGGUUAAGAAAUGUGGAAUCCUUCGGCAGUUCAGAACGAUUUAGACGUAGCUCUGAAAGUGUGGAGUCUUUGAACAACCUCAAUACUCGCUCUUUGAACAUCUUGGAACGGUUGAAAGCCGUGAGCCAAUACGAUCUGUUUCGAGUUUAA